GAGAAACGAGCUAACGGGUGUCAGAGCCAUGUGAACAGCUGCGCUUGCAUGAACACCGGGGACUGAACCCAGGUCGGUGUUGUUGUCCCGCUUCCUCGGCGGUUAACGCGGGACUCCUAAAUCACAACUGCAGCUCGACCAGCCGAAUGUAACCGCCUCUCGCUCGCUAGCCUUGAAGAAUGAAUCAUGGGACAUCGUUACUGUGGAAACGACGGUAACCUAUUUUGUUAACCUAGCAUGUUACAAACUGUGAAGUUAUUAAGGCUCGUUAGUGAAGUCUGGGCGUUAAAGGGAGGGUUUUCUGCAUGUUUUUCCCCCCGCCGUGUCGUUGUCUGAACCCGGUUUAACAACCCGCAGUGUAACGGUUUGACGCGGCGUGAUGCUAACGGCUCACCAAGGUAACGAUCCACGCAUUCAUGAUGCAACACUAGAAGUAGAUGUACCCAUAGAUAUGUCUAUGGAUGUACCAACCACCGUGUGUUAGUAUGUUUCUCGUCUAAUGGUACUGAAGUGAGUGAAGACCGUGAGUGUUAAACCCCCUGUAGAUGAAAAAAAGAGUGAAUUUUAAAGAGUAAAGUCGAGCUAACAUUAGCCUAGCCCCGUGAUGAUGCUCCAGGAUGGCUCCACACAGCUCCUCUGCCUCACAGCCAGCAGCGGGGUUCCUCUAUUCACCAGAGGAGCCCCCAAACAGCUGCCCUUCUCUAUUAUCGGCUCCCUGAAUGGCGUUCACAUGUUCGGGAGUGGUCAAGGAGCGGUGUUGUCCAGUUGUGAGACUGAGGGUGGAGGUAAGGUGGUGUGGAGAGUCUUCCAGGACAGCGUGAUGCUCAUCGCUGUGCGUGGAGGGGGACGCAGGGGUGCAGGCAGCAGUAAAGAGGAGGAGUACCAUUUCCAUCGCCUUCUGGAGAAUGUGUGGAGCAGCAUGGUGCUGGUGCUGGGGCAGGAUGAGCUGGCCAAUGUCAGGAAUGUUGAGAGGCUGAAGAGGGAUUUGCGUUCCUGUUUCUGCCUCAUUGAUCAGUUAUUGGAAGAAAAACAAGAGGGCAUCCUGGGUAACCUCACACACUGCGCUGAUUCCCUGCUGCCCCCGAACCCUGUUCUUCUUCAAGAGGCUGUGCAGGGCUUUGCUCAGGCUGCAGACAGCGAAUUCGGCUGCCUUAUAGUCCACGGACGAAUAGCUGCUGCGACUGAGAAAUGGUGGCGUCUUGCACCGCAGGAAGUUGUGCUCCUCUCUGCGUUGAUGCGCUCCCUCUCGGCCUCUGGUUCAGCUUCUUGUGAUUACCCGGUUUUCCUUCCUCAGGGCAGCCCCACUAUAGCUCACCGCUUGCUCCGCUUCCAGCUUCUACCUGGGGCAGAUGUUUGUGUGCUGUGUGGCCCGACCCCUUCUCUACACAGAGCUGAGAGUGGGCUAGUGGGCCGUUUCUGGACACCUCUUGUGGAGACUUUGAGAGACUGCCUAAGUGUUGGGGAACGCUGCUUACCAGGAUCGGUAUCCCUGCGGCCUGAUGUGCUGGCACUUCUUCUCAUCAACCGUGAAACCCGUCGCUCAGUUUCAUGCGUUCGUACCCCAACCGGUCGUCCCCCAAAUGACCCUCCAGUACCCUCAAAGCCUCGCUGCUGGGAACUCUUGAAGCUGUUCUACAUCUUCAGCACCACACGCUACUUCACCCAGGAGGAGACUGUGUGUGUCUCCUCAGAGGAGAGAUCUCAGAGGAGCAGCACUGAAGACUUUGUCCUUGGAUUCACUCACCAGCCUCAACAGUGCUAUCUAGUUACAGAAGAGUGCAAAAGUUUUGGGCUUCAGACUCCACAACACCAGCUCUUCCUGCUUGUCCCGCUGUCGGUGCCCACCUUUGCAAUACGCACUGUGGCCACACAAACGCUCUCUGAUGUAGUUGCUGCCACUGGGUUUUGAUUAAAAAUCUAGAGAGCUUAAUUUUCAACUGAAUUAGGUUUUUUAGAUCUUAACCGUAAAUAUUGAUCGACAGGUCGACUGUUUAAUGCUAAGAAAUGUAAAGGUGUACAUGUAUGUUAAUUCUCAGGAAUGGAACAUAAAUAUGCAACAUCAGGCAAUUUCUUACCUAGACAACCAGCUUUGAGUUAAGUUUGCAUUCAUUAGAAAAGUCACUUUAGAGUCUGACUUCACUGGAUUCAGAGCUGUCCACAUGGCAGCGUUAGUUUAAGUUGGACUGAAAUAUCAGCUGUCAUGCUGGGAUUGUACUGCGCUGACUCAACAUCUGAGGAUCGUGUGGAAUUUUGUUACACUGUGAUGAAUAAGUGCCUACUGUUGAUUUUGAUACACUGAUUAAUAUGGUUACAGAUGUUUUGUGGAAAUGUUGGUGCUAGCUCUCAAUAUAGUUGAUCACUUUCUCUGGGUCUUUGUGUCAUUUAUUGUUUUAUUCUGUAUUUUUUCUUUUGUUGCAGUGAUCAAGACACUGUUUGUGGUGUGUUUCCUGAAUCCUCAUCACCAACACCCCGAAACUUAACGGGAUAUUCUGGCGUAAGAUUAAUUUAAGGUCAAACACACCGUAAAACUGAGUUAGACACCCCCUAGAGAAAUGAAUAUUGCCGACUGCUUGUUUCUCUAGGUAUACCAAUUUUAGCAACUACCGCACAAUAGCAAUACACAGCAGUCUCAGGAGUCAUAAACAAAUAAUGCUCAGAACAGCACCUAACUUCAUCAACAGUACAUAUAGGGUCCCAGCCACAGCACUAACCACCAAACAUCUUUUUAAUUUUGCCUAAUAUCUUUAGCAAAGAGACUAAACACAACUCACCUAGUCACUUCCAGCAGCCGCUUGUUUGUAGCAAGACCGCAGACAAAUUCAUUAUGGACUACAGCGGGGUGUCGCAGCUCAAGGAAGAACAUUUAUGAACGUUUCUUCAUGGAGAUGCAGACGCUAGCGCAGAAGAACUUAUUACUUCAAGGAAAUGAUAAAGAAAUGAUCAUAAAUGUUCUUCCUUGAGCUGCAUCCCCCCGCGCUGCUGGAAGAGAGUAGGUGAGUUGUGUUUAGUCUCUUUGCUAAAGAAAUUAGGCAAAGCUAAAAAGAUGUUUGGUGGCUAGUGCUGUAGCUAGGACCCUAUAUGUACUGCUGAUUAAGUUAGGUGCUGUUCUGAGUAUUAUUUGUGGCUAUAGAGUGGCAUUUUGGUUGAGGUUUGUUUGUUGCUCUUCAGACUGCUGUGUAUUGCUAUCGUGCGGUCAAAUUUGGUAUAACUAGAGAAGCAAGUGGUCGGCAACAUUCAUCUCUCGAGGGGAUGUCUAACUUGGUGUUACGGUGUGUUUGAACCACAAUGAAUUUUACGGCGGAAUAUCCCUUUAAAUAACCAUCUUCCACAAAUAUAGACUCAAAAGGAAACAUAACAGUUUCCUUCUGUUAUAUUGAUACUAUUGGAAAUUCAAUGAAAUGAAACUAAUUCUAAAAGAAAGCUAAAAACAUCAAUUAAUUUUGGCCUUCUCACAAUUAAAGAUACAUUAAUGUUGAUUAUUGAGCAUGUUUUUAUGAAUCUACAUUUUUCAAAUCAUGUUAAAGCUCACACACAUGAAUCUGCUUAUCUUGUUUCAUACAAGGAAAUCUGUAGCAAAGAUGGCAGAGAGCAGGAAGAGAACACAGCUAUAAUAUUAACAUGAGUUAAUGAGUAGUUACAAGAUGGCGAUUACAUGGUUAAAAGAUGAGCCACCUGUAUUCUAAAAAUAUACAAGAUUUUAAGCCCAAGAUUUCCUGUUUUGAUACGGGGCUAUAAGACUUAGUGAGAAGUUACACCUGAUAGUGGGCUGUGAUAACUUCAGCACGUCCAUUUGAUUAACUGUAAGUAAAAAAUCAAGUGUCUCUGAAAUUAAUGUACAAUUGUGAUUAAGAAUAUUGAUCCUAAUAUUGAACAAAACUAUUUGCUUAACAUUUUGUCUUUAAUUCUGCAACCCUAUGAGCAAGUAUUAUUCCAUCUAAUAGCUAUUGACAUGUGCCAAGAACAACAGCUGCUCCUUGAGUUAGCCACUUAUCUUGCAUACAACACUUCAUAAUGCCAGAGUUACUGACAGGGACGGUUGACAAACCUUAAACUAUGAUUUAGUGAAUAUUUAAGCUCGGAUAAAUGCAGUAUUUUCUGUAUUUUUUUUACUGCAAUAAUAUUCAAAAUUUCACCAUGGUGGUGACUUGAACUGUAAGAUGCUGUUUAUUCCAUCUCUGUGUUUAAAAGGGAAGAGAAAAAAUUUUGCUUUUCCCUUCAGGAGUGUCCUAGUUUGACCUAUGAAAUAUGAACCAGUGUCCUGACCCAGCUUUGAACUGUAAAUGAUAAACACAUAUCAACUGUCCCAAAAAGUGCAUAUGUAGAUAUUAACUUUAUUCUUAUUUUGACAUAAAAAAUAAUCUUUAAAAGUGUGUUUUUAUAAAUGUAGGUUUUGAACGGAACUUUAGCCACCUCAGCGAAAAAGAGGGAACCAGUUGACUCCAGCUGAAAGUGGAGAAGCUCCCAUGAUUGUCCUGUUGUGUUGUUUUUUUGUCCGCCAUGAAGAAUCCAAACUGUCCUGCCAAACCGCAUGGGCCCUCAGAACAAAACGUGGGGCUCUCUGUGUGUCUGUGUGUGUGCAGUGAGCCCUGCACAGAGGAGAAAAGCUCCACUCUGCUGGGUCGCUGUAUAGUGCAGCUGUGUUUAGUUACAUUACCACCCCCCCUCUCCGAGCCACGUCACCCGUCCGAAGCCGGUCGGGCUCAGUAACCGGAGAACCGAACUAGACUGACAGCCCCACGGUGCGUUGGAUAACAGGGGAGAGGGGGGUUGGAUGUGGAGCCACACAAAAGGGGGUGGGAUACGCUCGUGGGUUGUAGCGUUGCCAUGCGUACAGGGAACAAACCCCCCAAAAUCUCAUUGCUGAUGCGGUCAGGACCAGAAGGAACAUCAGGAUAUAUCUCAACUUUUUUGUACUUUAGAGUCUGAAGGGGACAAAGGUCUACCCGCCGAGUCAUUUUUGAGGUUGCUCAACUUGCACAACUUUAAUUUCACCCUGCUCGAGUGAGGUGCAGGUCGCAGUGCACCGCCGAGGCUCGAAAAGUUAACUUGUCCACAUAGAAAGAGAAAGAAGGUCGUGUGAAAUGUCAGCCUCUCGGAUGCAGAUGCUGUCUCCCAGACUUUUAAGUCGGGGGCGAAGCGAGUUGUUAGCCGGCUGCAGUGGAGCGCAACGGUCCGGUGGCGCCGGUGCUUCUCCCAGGGUCCGCUCACUGACCUCUCCCCCUCUGUCCUCCUCCUCUCCCGGCAGAGCCCUAUCGAGUCUGAGUGCGACGCGGCGCGGGCUCCCUCAAGAGAAAAUGACCGAGAACGGAAUGACGUCCCGGGCCAAGGUGUUGACCAUCGACACCAUGAACCCCACGGUGAAGAAGGUGGAGUACGCCGUGAGGGGGCCCAUUGUGGCGCGAGCUGUGGAGCUGGAGAGGGAGCUCUCUGAGGUUUGUGCAACAGGUUGUGUGAGCAUAGUGGACUGUGUGUGUACCAUCACCUGCAUCCUCCAAGGACCAUGAUUUGUCUCUGUUUGAUGCCACACGAAAGUCCUGUUUCUAAGCUGUGUGUGAAAUGCAUGUUGUGUUCCUUGUAUUUGGUUACAUUAGGCUGUUUUAUUAUUAUUGUUGAUGUUGUUUUUUGGCCACACUGUGGACUAUUAGCUGUGCAUCUUCAGUAAAACAACAAAACUUCUGAGUGUGUAAGGAAGCACUUUUAAAAAGGUCGAGACAAAAUGGUCACCAUGCUAAAAAUAAAGGACACAAAAUUUUAAGAUCUUCUAUGCAGUUAACUCUUAAUGUUUUCAUGCUUUUCAGCUCUAGUAGAUAUCUAAUCUGUCUUCGAUUCAGUUCAGCAAGUUUUAAUUAAUGGUUAUAGUCUCACCAACACCUUGUAAACAUUAUCCCAAAAGGUAAAUGUGCCACGAGUCCCCGCACACACACCCGUUUGUCAAAGUCCGGUCAUUAAAAAGUUUUUUUCCGGAGGUUGUUUAUCAUACUAAAAGUCUGUUGCCUCCUAUGAUCCAGAUAUCGUUGUUGCCUCUUGUUAAUGGCUAACCUGUUUUUAAGGCAUUCAUGAACAGAGUGAAAGAUCCUCAAUGAGGGGCCAAAGUCUAAACCAGAGUGUUUCCUGUCCAGUUCAUAUCACUAUCUUACUGUUUGACCUGUUAUGGAUGCUCAUAUCUUAAUCUUUAACACUCCCCAAAGCACUGCCUAGAAAUUAGUAAUAAUAUCUUAAGCAGUCUCCAAAAGCCUUGCUGUGCAAAAUGAUUUUUUUUUAACAGACUCUUUCUGGUUCCUUUGGCACUCCAAAAACAAACAGGUUGUCUAUUUCCAUCCCUCCUUUUUUUUUUUAAUUCUCCUCGAUCCCUUCCUCUUACACAGUUUAUGGUGAUGUGGCAACCAGCUGUCAGUGUACAGAGUGCAGUCUGGUGUGAAAACUGUCCUCUCUUGAGUGCUUUGCUCAGGAAGGAAGAUGAGUAUGCCAACAGGUCCUUGCACAGGUGAAAGACAAAGUAACACAGGCCAGCAGGGACUGUAAUGACAGUGGUGACCUUUUCAACCAGAUGGCCCACCAGGCGCCAUAGAUUUUAUAUACUGUUUGUGUAAACUAAUGCAGAUGAUCCUCCUUGUCUUUAUGAGAUUUUCUUCCUGAGUGUAAAAGAGUUUGAUUCGGUGUUAUUGAACUGAUAUUUAGUUGUUCAAUAAGCAGAAGAAAUUGCACUUUAAUUCAGCUGAUUAAACCGAGGGAUAGAGAAGAUUUCAGGAGAAGAAAGGGAUAAUAACUCGGCUUUUUCAGCACAUUUCUAUCUUAGCUUUGGGAAAACCGCAGAUUCAUUGUGUUCUGCCUGUAGACAGCCCCCUCUAUCUUUUCAAAAGUACAGCAGCCAGUCAAUAAGGAAAAAAUGUACCCAGAGUGCAGAUCGUGUGCAAUCCUCCUAUCUUUGUAACACAUUCCCCUAAACACCUUUAAUUCAAGCUGCAUUUCUGGAUGGAGUUGGGUUACUAUGGGAAACAGGUCUCAGUGGUAUUCUUGUUUUACUCCAUGAUUAAGUCACAACAACAUGAAUGCACACCCUGAUCUAGUUUCCUACACACAGUGUCAUUUUGUAACUGAGAUCUUUAAAGCACAAGGAAGGCCUUGUUCCUGUUAUUUUCCCCGUAGACUAAAGCCGUGUAAGGUCUUCAUAGCUGUAUUAAGUAGAGGAUGGAAGUGAGGCAGACUUUGAGCCAACUGACUGUACCAGUUAUCACAGAUAAAGGCUUUACACACGGUUAAUAUGGUCUUUGUUUGUCUUAAUGAGCACAGAGCUGAUAGUGAAUAGGGACAUUUUUGAGAGUCGCUAUGGGAACAGACUAGAAUGAAGCCAGGUUUUGACCAGUUCUCUUGACAUAUUCUGCCAGAGUAAACGAAAGGGUACAUAGAUCAAUAGGUGUAAAGGGUUUUUUAAAAAUCUUUUCAUAUGAUGUGAACUUUGCACUUUGUUUUUGUUGCAUCAGACACAACAUGUACUUUUUGUUGAGCUUUGAGAGUUCUAAACAAAAAGAAACGACUUCCACUGCCCUAGAUUUAUCAUCUGUUGAAACUCCAGUCGUCUUUGUUGGUAUGGUUUUAUCAGGACUGAAGGACAAACAUCGCAGGCUCUCAGACGCAAAGGUUGAUUUGUCUCUCAUCACUAACAGGCGAUAUCUUUGACCUGGGGGGUGUUAUUCCUCUAUUGUCAUGUUAUUGGUCCAAGCCGAGAUCCGCCUCUAAUAUGUGACCAAUGAGAGCACCAGUGAGAGGCUCUUAAAAAGUGAACUGGAUUGGAAAAUUCAAACAAACAGGCUGUUUUGAUUACAGCAGGAUGUCAGUGUGAGGUUCAACCUGCGGCCUCUCUGCGGCGUCACGCUGUUCCAGCAUCUGGUGUUAACAGCGUGUGUACGUGUGUGUGUGUUUGUGCCUGCAUCACUGUGUGUCCUCUGUCAGCUGUCUCAUCCAAACAGGGUUACCUUUAAUAAAUGAUGAUUGUUGUUUUAAGCGACAGUUAAUGUGCACUUCUCAAUUUGGUCGUUGAGUCCUCUUUUAUGAAGUUUCCUGCCGCUUUGCUGACGUUUCAAGUUCUCUCUCGCUCUCCACAAAGGAUGUGGACUUAACCUUAUUGUAAUGUGUGUGUUAAGGUGUCAGAAGGUCAACGGUAUCAGCAGGAUAAGGUGGUUUGCAUGGGUGGAAACUUAGCAUGUUUGCCCAAGCUAUCUGCGCCAAGGCUGUUGUUAACGCACGCAAUAUUUUUCGCUUAAUGGCUUCUCGGCUGACUAAGUGACACGAAAGAAUGAAUGCAGCCGAAAUAGUUUGAUUGUUGAAUCAGAAAUGGGGGCCAAGUAUGCCAAGUAGGAGUGUCAAAAAACAAUGAAUAAAGACCCAGAGUUCAAAUAUCUGAUUGUUUCAAAUUAAAAAGCUUUUGAACUGCAGCUCUACUGCUGUUAAUGAAAAGAUGAAGAUAAAAAAUACAAACAGUAAAGCAGACAGAGUGCAAUAUAACAGACAUUACAUUAGUCCGGGGCAAUGCAUUAAUUUAAUGCAAUAAAUCUUGUAAAUCAUUUCAACAUUGUUGUAAUGGUAAGCUACUGCAGGCCUGGGUGACACUCUGUAUCCAUGAGUCUCUGAGGGGUACAGACUGUGCUGUAAUGUACCUGUGCAGUCUUGUUCCCCAGCAUAUGUUUACUAGCUAAUGUAGCUGUAAUGUCUACCAAACCCAUUGCAACCCUCCCUGUUUACAGCCAAUUUACUGAAGGGUGUCAUCAGGACUCAGACAGUCUUAAGUCCAGUCAUGCAAAAAUUGAGGACAAACACAGACAGGAUGGUAGAAAUGCAGGAGAGUCACAAACGCAGUCAAACUGACAGCAAAUCUAAACCACCCCCCCUGGAUGUGGUUGCAUGUGAACUACCGAAGCUGCUGUGAUCUGAGCAGCUGCUGCUCUCUCAGCCUUUCAUGGCAUGUAUACAUGUGGUUAAGUUAUGUAUGUUUAUGAAUGUGUGCUGGCGCUGUGUCAAGGGUGUUAUGGAGCUGUUGGGGUUCCGGGGCCCCUUAUUCUCUUACAGCAAUGCAGUCAGCUUUAUUUAUCUGUCUGUCAUCGUACAUUUAAAAGGACACUGACAUCAUUACCUGUGACUAAACUUAAUACCCUCCAACCUUUUCCUAAAUCAUGAAUGUAUUUUCCUCUCGUGUCUUGCAGGGAAUGAAGAAGCCCUUUGCAGAGGUCAUAAAAGCCAACAUUGGUGAUGCACAUGCUAUGGGCCAGCAGCCAAUCACCUUCUUCAGACAGGUCAGCUCCUGUGCCCCCCCCCCAUCUUUCAUCUAAAUUUAGCACCUCCCCCCUGACCAGUCAGCGUUGAUGAAACAGAUUUCUUCCUCUGCAGCUAAAUUGCUGUCACUCAUGUCUUUCCUGCAUCAUGCAGUAAUCUGUGAAAGAGAUUGCACUACAUCCCUUACACACUUUAUACUCACACCUCUUUUUCUCUCAAGGUCUUGGCACUCUGCUCCUACCCUGAACUGCUGAAUGACAGCACAUUCCCGGAGGAUGCUAAAAGUAGAGCUCGCCGCAUUCUGCAGUCCUGCGGGGGGAACAGUAUGGGUGUGUAUUUCUGGCUAAACACAAAACGCUUUGUGUCACCCUGGCCAGUAAUGAUCACCUUUAGUCUCACCAUUAUGCCCUCUGUGUGUGUGUUGAAGUUUGCUUUUGGCGGUACCGUACCUGUGUUGAAGUCUGAGUUGUUAUAGCAGCUGGUCUUACCUCCGCUUGAUUCUCCUGCAGGUUCCUACAGUGCCAGUCAGGGCAUCGACGCUGUGCGUCACGAUGUGGCCCGCUACAUUGAGCGAAGGGAUGGUGGCGUGCCUUGCGACCCAGACAACAUUUACCUCACUACAGGAGCCAGCGAUGGCAUUGUGGUACAAAUUACCUCUCCUUUUUCACCCUGACUGUGUCCCAGCUGUACUUUUAAUCGUGUUUAUUUAUUGUAAUCAAAAAUAAGGUAUAAAAUCUAACCCUCCCAUAGUAAUAAGAUAAGAAAAUCACUUGUUUUUAUCACUUUCUGGUAAAGUAUUUGGACAGUUGAAUGAACAAAUAAGGUUUGAGCCUUUAUCUGUGGGCUCUCCUUUCAGAAGAUGGAUAAGGAAAUCAAAGCUGCACCCUGCAGGAAAAUAAACUCCCACAAGAACAAAAACACAAAGAGAUUAAAGUUCAGAGUGAUAAAAAAUGCUAAAGUCAGAUCAUUCUUGGUUGUGACCUUUUGAAACCUUUACUACCUUCUUCAAACUCUCUCAUCAUGGCUCUGUAUUGACCCCCUGUUUAAUGUUUUAAUGUGGAUGUUUUUGUGUCACAAAGUUUCAUUUCUAUACUUAAAGCAGUUGGAUCUAUCACUGGUGUAUUAAACUAAUCUGCCACACUGCAUUGUUCAAAAAGAAAACUUCUUUGUUCCGUUACCAUGGAUACGUGCACAGAUUCAGCAAACCAAGUCAGACUGAGAGCAGAAGUUUACCAGUUUCCUCUUUCAGUCUUUAACUUACAUCUGUAUGCCUUUGUAGUAAAAUACAGACUCUCAUACUGUGUGAAUAUAACUCUGAAAUGAUUUCUCCGUCCCGCUCCUUUAGACCAUGCUGAAGUUGCUUGUGUGCGGCGAGGGUGUGAGCCGCACAGGCGUCAUGAUCUCCAUACCUCAGUACCCUCUGUAUUCUGCUGCUCUGGCUGAACUGGGCGCCGUGCAGAUCAACUAUUACCUAAACGAGGAAAAAUGCUGGAGCAUGGACAUUGCUGAGCUGCAGCGUGCUCUGGACGAGGCUCGGCAAUACUGCAACCCCCGUGCUCUGUGCAUUAUCAACCCUGGAAACCCCACCGGUAGAGUCCUCCUUGUGGUCUUUAGAGAGAAGUGAAUCCAAAUUGUCGGCUGAUUCUUUGUAUUUUGACAUAUGAAAGCUUCUUGUUCAGCACUUGGGCUAAUACUGGUCUGACAGCUUUGCAGUAUAGGGAACAGAGCUAUAAAAACAAUGUGGAAGUGUCAGAUUUGCAUUAUUUGGAGUAUGUAACCCUUAUUUUUCUUCCUAUAAAUUUUGGUAAUUCUUUGAUAUACCUUUGAUGCUAAAUAAUAAAGUAUUUAAGUGAGCUGUUCACCUUAUGUCUAAGUUGCAUCAGAAAAACUGCCUCUACCUGCUAAGGAAGGCUUCAAAAUGUGAUUGAAAGCCCUUUAAAGGAAUGAAUUUGGUCCCUGAGUUGUUUUAUUUCUCACUGAUGCAUCUGUAAUUUAGCUCAAGUUGGAUGUUUUGGUAAUUAGGAGACAUAAUCCCAGGGCUGAGGAGAAAUGUAUAGUUGUAGAAUUUCAUCAGCUGGAAUCUAUCCGAGGUUUCUGAGGCUAUAUGGUCCAGGUCCAAAACCACCUCAAGCUCACCAAAGAAUCAGGACAGCUGAAGCCCAGCUCACAUUUCAUGCACUUCUUAAAGAUUAGCCAGUAGAUGGCAGCAAAUAGAUAUAACUGCCUGCCUUUUACUUGCGCCAUGAUAAGUCUCCUUUUCAUUUACAGGUCAGGUCCAGAACAGAGAGUGCAUUGAGGAUGUGAUUCGAUUUGCAGCGAAAGAGCGUCUCUUCCUCAUGGCUGAUGAGGUACUCUCUCUCUCUCUCUCUCUCUGACUUCAUCAGUUUUAACAUCCACUUGCUCUUUUAUGUGUUGUAUCCUGUAACACGUGUCAUUAUGUGUUUACCUCCAAGGUGUACCAAGAUAAUGUGUAUGCUGACGGUUGCCAGUUCCACUCCUUUAAGAAAGUACUCUUUGACAUGGGGCCAGAGUACUCAAACACAGUGGAGCUGGCUUCUUUCCACUCUACCUCCAAGUGUUACAUGGGAGAGUAAGUUUUUCAUAAAUCAGCAUCUUGUUGCCUUUUUUUUUUAGAUUUGCUCUUGCAUAAUGUCUGCACACAGCUCAGUCAGUCACAUUUAAAUGACUCCCCACUCUUUUAGGUGUGGCUUCCGUGGAGGCUACAUGGAGAUCAUCAACAUGGACGAUGAGGUGAAGGCUCAGCUGAUCAAGCUGGUGUCUGUCCGUUUGUGUCCUCCUGUCCCCGGACAGGCUCUGAUGGACCUGGUGGUCAACCCCCCACAGCCCGGAGAACCCUCAUAUGCCAACUUCAUUAAGGUACAGAAUCAUGUAUUUACAUUUCACAUGGGACCAAUCGAUCAAUACGCCAAUAUACUGGAGCUUGACCUCUUGUUUUACUCAUCAAUACCUUAAGUGCUAUAGAUAAUUGAUUUUCAGUGAAACAUGAUCACAUCUGCAAUAAUAUUGAAUUACCUUUUGGUAAAUCAUAGAUGAUUGGCUUUCAAGAAUAGAUUUUGGCACAGAGACUACAUGUAACUAACAAAAAUGAUCUGUAUUUUAUCGCACAGUUUUUAAUCUCAAAUCUUCAUGAAACUGAUAUCAUCUUGUAAGACAUUCACUAUGCUUUACACUUUGUUAUUUCCCACAAUAUAUUACACUUUUAAGAAAAGUAAGAGUCAGUCCGGAUGUAGUGUACGACCUUAAUUCCAAAAGAGUGAGAACGUCUUGUAAUGCACCACCUCUUAAUUUAACAGCACUCUGUCAACAUUUGGGAACCAGUUUCCGAAGUUUUGAAGGUGAAAUGAUGUCCCAUUCUUACCUGAUAUAGGAUUCCAGCUGCUCAACAAUUUGGAGUCGUUUUCUAAUCGAAAUUUUCUUUUCAUGAUACACCAAAUGGAUUUCAAAAUAAAAAUUCCCCGAUGGGUGCAAAAUGACACAAGGUCCCGCUGCACUAAAGACUGCACUGAAUGCAUCCCCUCUGCCAAAUAUGCUUCUUUCAUCUACCUCCUCUUGUUGUAAUUUUGGGGGAGGGUGGGUGGAUGAAUGCAUGUGAGAAUGUGACGAAUGAAACUUUUCUGUGACUUUCUUUUGAAUGUUACUUUUUUUUCUGUUUGAGAGAGGCACAAAAAAAAUAUUUGUUCUGCUGCGUGCAUCGACAGAUGACCUUCUAUUCUGUUCCAUUCAAUUCAAUUGUAUUCUUUCUUUUCUCUUCCAGUCCAGUCCUAUCUAUUCUAUUCUGUUCUAUUCUAUUUUAUUCUAUUCUAUUCCAGUCCAGUCUAACGCUGUGUUCUAGUUACCUCGGAAUUCAGAAGUCCAAGCUAAAAAAUGACGUCACACCUGAGUUCCAAGCGAUUCGGUUAGCAAGUCGGAAAAAAGCAAAAUCGGAGGCAGAAACAAGAUGGCUACAUCUACGAAAGUUAUUUUAGCGCUUGCCUUGUUCUUGCUGAUAUUCAGACAAGACAAGUGCUAAAAUAACUUUCGUAGAUGUAGCCCUCUUGUUUCCACCUCUGAUUUUGCUUUUUUUGUAAAUUGGUAACUGAAACACUGGUAACUCGGGUGUGACAUCAUUUUCAGCUCGGACUUCUGACUUCAGAGGUAACUUGAACGCAGCUUAAUUUUUUCUAUUCCAGUCCAGUCUAUUCUAUUCUAUUCUAUUCUUUUCUAUUCUAUGUUUCAAACUGCCAGUGUUUCUGGACCAUGUUGCUCCCUAUAACCUGCAUCAUGGAUGCAGCGUCAAACUGUUCAUAGUAAGCGGUUUUUGAAUCCAAUUAAAAUGGGCAUAUAUUUUCCUCAAUACAAUAAUAUUUUUCUGUCAGCAUUUUUUUUUUACACUAUUUCCAAUUACAUAUAGGUUUUUUCAUGUUUUUAUAGUUUGUUUUCCUUUUUAAUGAUUUGCAAACCUUGAACUCUGCUGUUAUCAACAUUCACACAGUGUCCAAACUCUCUUGACUCUGGGGUUGUAAAUAAUUGUGUUAAGGCAUCACAGCGCUGUUGAGUCAUCGCGUAUAUCAUUCACAGAGCUGUUCUGGAACAUUUUCACAUAAGGUCACAUGAAACUUACUCAUGAAAACUCCUUAAAAUUGGGAAAUUACAGGAUUAUGAUCAUCAUGUGUUUACUUCUGGCCAUCAAAUGAUAACUGAGGUCACUUCUUGUAGGGUCUUCAAUCUGUCUAGAAACCCAUUGAUUCUUUUCAAAAGAUUAUAAGGCAAUGGAUGUUUUUUUUCUUUUUUUUGGUAUUAACACUUUUCAAAGUAAAACACAAAAAAACAUUUUUUUAAAGCUUAGACCUCCCUGAGCUUGACAAAACCGGGUAUUUCCACAUGAGAUAACUGACUCUGGAACAGUCAGUCCAAGCAUCACAAAUGUUGCUGCAUUGUGCCUCCUGAUUGUAUCAUCUCUGGCUGAUUUACUGUCUCUCUCUCUCUCUCUCUCUCUCUCUCCGUCAUGUUUCUCAUCUUCUUCCUCUCAUCCAGGAGCGCACAGCCACUUUAAGUGCCUUGGCAGAGAAGGCCAAGCUUACAGAGCAGGUUCUGAAUACAGUGCAAGGCAUCAGCUGCAAUCCCGUGCAGGGCGCCAUGUACUCCUUCCCGUGCAUAACCCUCCCUGAGAAGGCCGUGAGAGAGGCCAAGGUCAGUCCUCAUUCCCUUUCUCUUUCAGUGGUUUAAGUGGCUCUAUUGUCACUUCAAGUAAAUGGCAUUGAUCAGGGGCAGCAGGGGAGGGAUGAAUAAAAAUAAGAGAUAAGGAUUCAUAGGACAUUCACUCAAUACUCUUGUUAAACUGCUACUUGUUAUUAUUUCACUCAUUUUCCUCCUCAGUAGACCUUCAUCCACAAAUAGACAUGUUCCAAAAGCUGGUAUGAAAUAUUUUUACAGGAAAAAAAAAAGACGUAACGAGACUGAAAACCAUCAGUGCGUACUCAUGCACUCUUCUGCAUUCAACGACUCUGUAACCAGCUUCACUUCACUGUGAAUCCACCUCCCCGUCUGCUUCAGGGAACAAAUGAUUUCCAAUAGCUUGUUGUUUCAAUUGUGUCCCCAGGUUGACUGCUCAGUAGGAAUUUCAGAGAGGGUUGAUGAGUCAAGCUGAGAAUCUGAUAACCCCAACUGAUGAUAAAGUCAGAGGAAAACUGACCUACUGACACCUGAUCAAUUCUAGCGGCUCAACAUGCAACAGUAGCGGCGCUUUGUUUUAACCACAAUUACUGCACAGACAGAGAGCCCCUAACAUCACCAUGCACAGCUCAGAAGAGCUGCUUAACCACUUACUGAGUUCAUUCAGCUUCACCACCUCUUAGGCAAAAAGGAUUCUAACAAACGCUUCUCUGAUCUGGAGGAGAUAAGACAUACUUCAGGUUUGUUUUGCUUCAAAACAGUGCUCUUUUUUCAGUUUCCACUAACCUUCAGCUACCUUUUAUAUUGAUGAAGGAACGUUCUUGUGCUCUUUCAAAGUUCAGCUCUAAACUAAAAUAACUAAUGAAUAUAAUACGAUAAUGAAAUUAGAAAAAAAAAAAGUUGGCCUUUUAAGUGUAGACAAUAUUUAUUAACAAAGUAUGACCCGGGGAGUCUAUGAGGACAUUUUGAGAAGUAUGGAACAGGAAAAACAUUUUUGUAAAUUGCUUGUAACAAGAAGACGCUCAAUCCAACUGUCCCUGUUUUACUCAAUUGUAGUUUUACUCAGCACAGAUUAGAUUUUCUACAAAUUAAAAUUCCUGGUAGUAUAGCACAAGAAAAAAUACCAGAAAGCAGGUAGUGGGAGUGUUACAAAAAAAGGACAAACAGCACUUACUGUAAACCAAGAAAGCUGCAAUGAGUCAUAGGUCUCUCUAUAAAUACAGUUCAUGUUUACAGCAAACUGCACUUAUUGAAUCCUGAAAGUUGCAGAAUACCUUUAACAGCCAUUGCUUUCCUCGUCAACUUUUUGAGCCUCUGAAAGUUCUUACUCUCUCCUCUUUCAGGAAAUCGGUCAGCAGCCCGAUAUGUUUUACUGCAUGAAGAUGUUGGAGGAGACGGGGAUCUGCCUCGUUCCUGGAAGCGGCUUCGGCCAGAAGGAUGGAACCUACCACUUCAGGUACAGAACACAUUAUAAUACACUUAAAAGUGUCUUUUGAAGGGCUGAAAAAACUGUUAUUUAAUUUGGAUUUAUCUGCCUUCUGUGUUUGUUUGAGUUGACAUGAUUCAAUCUUCAAAAAGUUAUAAAAUAGGUUUAAAGCUCCUGUAAGGAACUUUCCCUUUGUAUUAAUCAAAGUGCCCCUAUGGACAAAGAAAUCUGCGUAUUUUGUCAUCUACAUACAUGCUUCAAUGGUGAACAAAAACCUCAUCCUGAUAAUUUUUGAUAGUAAAGUGUGAUACCAAAGCCCCUCUCAAACUAGACUGACAGCAAUUAAAAUAUUCAUAUUGUGUCUGAAAAAGUUCCUGAGUGACUUAACUGUACAUUUUAGAGGUUAUUUCUGUAUCACCACCAUGCAGAUUUGUAACCCGUAAAAGCCGUUUUUGCAUUCUAUGUACUCUUAAGGUCCUUACACACCAGGAACAACGCAAAUAUACAUCGUGAAAUUACGAAAUAUUCGGAGGCGAAUUUUGACACGCCCGACUAUACACAUCAAGCGAGAUGCGAUUUUGCGACUUUCCGAAAAAAAGACGCACCCUGGGUGGAAGCGAGAAGACUGACACAACAGCAGACUGACUGUUUUUCAGUUCACACAGUGUCGAAACUUUAGAAAUGUGCUGAGUCAGGGUCAGUACCAGAUAAGCACAUUAAACUAUAAUCCAUAAACGUAAAGUAACAACUGAGACCUAAUGGUGCUGUGACAGCAACGCGAUUGAGUUUGAGACAGUGAAAAUACAUAUGGUAUGUUGUAUCUGAACAGGUUAGCUUAUGAGCUAAAGUUACUUAGCACAGAUGAAAGUUAAAACAAAGACGUUUAGCAAACUGUUAAAGCACACAAACCAUCAUCAGCCGGUGUGUAAGGACCUUUAGAAUCAUGUACUGAAAAAGAAAAUUGCUAAGCUUGUUUGCAAAUAGUUUUCAGUGGCUGUGAUUACAUCAAGUGAAGAAGACGAAGAAGCCAAUACUCUUAGAGCUCCCCCUGGUGACUGGCCACGAUAUAGCUCUAAAGUUGCCUCCUCUUUUAUAACAGAACAUCAGUUAAACUUGGAAAUUAAAAUACACAUUGAAUGCUUUUUUCUUUUAACAUGCUUUCUGUUGCAGUUUAUUCCUUUAUCGCUCUGGUUUACUGAAUGUGCAAAAGUUCAUGUUUUUUAAGGGGAUUUAAUGUUAUGACUGACAGCUCUGUUCAUCAACGUGGCUCCUGCAUCAUUCUUUACUCGGUUGGCAGAGGCAUUUGUCGAGACAUUCACUCAUCUCCUUCUGCUUCCUUCCCUCUCAGAAUGACCAUCUUGCCACCGACAGACAAGCUGAAGAUCCUGCUGAACAAAGUCAAAGAGUUCCACCAGAGAUUCACUCAGCAGUACUCAUAAGUUUCCACAUUUCCUCCUCCACCCACAAAGGGAGGAGCUUAAAAUCCACAACCAAAAGACUCAGCCAAUCAGAAUUUAUCUGUCACUACUAAGUGCCUUCUCUACAGCGGCUCUGGUGGUCUCUGUGACGACACACUUCAGCCUCUACAGCUGUCUACUUUGGACAUUCACAGACAGUAGACAAGGCACUGUUCAAUGUCAGGAGACAAAGCUAAACUGGUGAAGGAAGUAACUCAUAGGCUUAUCGCUUUGGAUAGGAAACUCGGUUUCAUCUGAUGAUAGUAUGAAGGAUGUACAGUGUGUACUGUAGGUUAGUGUAUUUGUGAAUAAUAGAUUGUUGAUAUGAAUAUCAAGAUUUAAAAAAAAAAAAGAGGUGAAAUUGAAGAGAAAUUGAUGCUGCUUGAAAUCUAGAGUACAUGUACAUCCGUUUAAAAUAUUCCUUUCCUGCAGGCAGUACUGGGCAGGGAGAUUACGCAGGACAGACGUUUGCAUGAUGAUUCAGAGAUGAAUUUGUAGAAAUGAAAUAAAUGUAACUGUGUAUGUUAAGUCUUGUUUUUUUGGAAAGGAGCUGUCAGAUCAGUUCAGAGUUGUGAUUAAGACAAAAAGGUCAGUCUCCUUUGACCGCCAGCAUUCAUGAAAACUGUCUGUAAUUCUUCUUUGUCUUAAUACCACGUUCCUCUUUUGCAGGUAAAAUGACAGUAUCAUUGUAUUAUUUUUUAAAUCUUCAUACUCUUGUUGAAAAAGCCUGCUAGGUAUGAAUCUUUUUUUCUGAUUUUUGUACAGAAGCAGAUUUUUAGUUUUCAUUUAAUUCUCAUUUUUCAUUUUAACAGCAACAUAAACUAACACUUGUCAUUUUUUUGCUACUGUCAUUAUUAAACUGUUAAAUGCCAAGGAAUACCGUAUUUCACCGAUUAAAUGUAACUCAUUAAAGAUAUCUGAGAGGUACAGAGUU